GUUAACUGUCGGGUCCAAAUAGUUUUCCCUCUACCGAAAAAGGAAAAACCGAAAAGCCCAGCGAAAACCCUAGUUACCUACUCGAUCCCAAUCUUUCCGGGCUGGCUACAACGGGAAAUUUGUGUUACAGUGUGAACAUCGGCUUCCAAAAUGGCUAACAUUGUACUUAGAAAUCUGCAUUCCUUAGUACAAAAACGCCUUCUUGCAACAUUACCAACGCCUACAUCUGCAUUAUGUUCAUCUUUUACAGUUGAGUACCUGCUGAAGUCAUGCGGGCUUCCUUUAGAAUCUGCAAUCUCAACCUCCAAGAAGCUCCAGAUUGAUAAGAAGCAAACCCAUCGGAUAGAUUCUAUGCUCAAAUUCUUGAAAUCUAACGGAUUUGAUGAUGCCCAAAUCGCCAAAUUGAUCGCCAAGUGCCCCACAAUCCUCCAUUACAAGGUACGCAACAAUCUGGAGCCCAAAUUCAACUUUCUCAUUGAAAAUGGCUUUUUGGGUCAGAAUCUGCCAGAGCUCGUUUUAUUGAAUCCAGCCGUUUUGACUCGGAGUUUGGAUUCUCACAUAAAACCAGCACUUCAAUUUCUCAAGAAAUUGCUUUCAACCAAUGAUGUGUUGGCGGCGGCCAAGCGCUCUUCAUGGCUGUUAAACAUUGAUAGUGAGGGUACAAUUCAACCCAAUGUGGCCCUUUUGCAGAGUGAAGGUGUUCCCUUUGAUGUUUUAACAAAACUGAUAGUGUUUCAGCCAAGGACCAUUAUGCAAAAUGUUGACAGAAUGGCUUAUGCAGUUAGAACAAUAAAAAAUUUGGGCAUUGACCCGACUGAUCCGAUGUUUGUCCGGGCUCUUCGAGUUAUGAUCUCUAUGAAAGAGUCAACAUGGAAAAGGAAAAUUGAAUUUUUUAAGAGUUACGGGUGGUCUGAAGAUGAUAUUCUGUCAGUUUUUAAGCGCCAACCAUUUUGUUUAGCUUGUUCGGAGGAGAAACUUGGGAGACUCAUGGAUUUCCUUCUGAACACUGUGAAGUUGGAACCGGAGACUAUGAUUGCCAAUCCCACGCUUCUUAUGCAUGCUUUUGAGAAAACAGUUCUACCAAGGUAUAAUGUUUUCAAGAUUUUGGUUUCUAAGGAGCUGAUUAAUAGGGACAACAAGAAGCUGACUUGGUUGAUCACACUAGGUGAGAGGAGAUUUUUGGAUUGUUAUGUUCUUAAGUAUUUGAAUGAAGUCCCAGACCUACUGGAGAUAUACCAUAGUUCUAAGGAAGGGACAAUAGAGAUUCCUUAGUACAAUAACGUCGGGGCUUCUUUUGAUUCUUGAACGGUUUUUGUUACUGGGAAAUUGAAAUGGAUUCAAAUUCUGGUUUUCCAGUGGAUGAGUUUGCUGCGAUGGAUGUUUCUGGAUUUGAAACAGCAUUUGAAGCAGAAAAUUGUGGUGUUUGUUCUAAUGUUUUUGCAACAAGUUGGGCAGAUGAAAGUGUUCAUUAAGUUAAAAAUAUACCUCAUAUUAAUCUCGCUUGAAGUUCAGUAGGAUAAUUUUUUAGGAUAAUCUUGAUUUUUCUAAUGGGUACAGUCCUUGUACAUAACUUUGGUUUUCUAAUGGUGUUUGUACUUUUAGGAUAAUCUUGAUUCUGUACAGGGUAUUUUUGUGUGUCCUCUGCUACGAUGGAUUUUUUAUGGACUGAAAAGGACUUUA